AUGAAGAACAAAUUUCUCUUAACUUCCUUCCUUUUCUUCAUAAUCCAUACAAAUUUGAUAUUCUGCUCAGCAGCUCCUGAACCCCUUCCUCCGGUGCUAGAUGUAGCAGGAAAGCUUCUCCGGGCUGGUGUAAAUUAUUACAUCUUGCCUGCUAUCAUCAUUGGCAAUGAUAUUGGAGGCGGGCUAACACUAGCAAAUGGAACUUGCCCUCCUGAGGUCAUCCAAGACAAUUAUGAAUUCACUGAUGGAAUCCCACUAGUCUUUUCUCCAUUGGACCCCAAAAAAGGCAUCGUUCGCGUUUCUUCUGAUACCAAUGUCAAGUUCUCUAGUACGUCAAAAUGUGCUCAAUCUAGCGUUUGGAAGCUCAGUGAGCUUGAUGCAUUGAUGGGAAAGCACUUUGUUGGCAUUGGAGGAGUUGAAGGUAACCCUGGUCCUAAAACUUUGGGCAGUUGGUUCAAGAUUGAAACUUUUGAUCGAAGCUGUAAGCUAAAGUUCUGUCCUUCGGUCUGCAAGUUCUGUAAAGUGAUAUGCAAAGAUAUUGGAAUUGUUUUCCAGAAGGGCAAGAGACGUUUGGCCCUGAGUGAUGAUCCCUUCAAGGUUAUAUUCAAGCGGGAGUGACGAUUUGAUCAUCAAAUGAACGAAAAGUAUGUAUACCCCACCCAAGACAAACUAACAAACCUUAUUGCAACUUGCGAGCGCAUGCUCAAUUAUUCC